AGAAAGAGAAAUGAUGACAUAGAUUUAGCGUCUGACGAAUAACAACACUCUUCUCUCUCUAUAUAUAUACAAACAUAUACAGUAUAUGUAUAUAUAGAUUCGUCUGUCCAACGGUGCCGUUUUUGACCCAUUUCAUUUCACCCACCAACGCCCCCAUUCAAUUCCCUCUCAAUUUUCGGCUGCGCCAAUUCACCAUCCUUUUGUAAUUUGUUCUUAACUUCUUCUUUGUUCACUGCUUCUUUAGAUUUGAGGAAUUGGGUAGGUUUUGUUUGUGGGAUUUUUGUUUGAACUAUGGCGGCUAUGGCUCAGCUGCAUUGUUCUGUUCGCCCUAGACAAUACUACAAUGUUCCUAAUAAUCAUGGUUUUAACAACACUCCGGCUUUCUCUUUUCUCUCUAAUUCAUCGGUUGUUGAAUCGAGGAGUCGAUCUCUUUCUCUUUCGCUUUUUAAUGCGGAUUUAACCAGGCGUAGUUAUUUAGCAAAAUCUGAGCUUUCUCUGGCUGGAGGAGACGGUGGAAACGGCGUUGGCCAUGGCGGAAAAGGUGGUGGAGGUGGUGGUGAUGGUGGUUGGAGUGAUGAUCGAACUCAUGGUGACGAUGAUGAUUCAUCAAGUUUUGGAGUGUUGGGAUUGUUUCUUAAAGGGUGGAGAUCUAGAGUUGCUGCAGAUCCACAGUUUCCUUUCAAGGUACUGAUGGAAGAAUUGGUUGGUGUGAGUUCUUGUGUUCUUGGAGACAUGGCCUCUCGUCCCAACUUUGGUCUCAACGAGCUCGACUUUGUCUUCUCCACUCUUGUCGUCGGAUCUAUACUGAAUUUCACUCUCAUGUAUCUCUUAGCUCCCACUGCAGCAGCUGGUGCUGUAGCCAAGCAGCUACCUUCAAUCUUUGCAAGUUGCCCCACUAGUCAUAUGUUUGAACCCGGUGCAUUCACGCUCUUAGAUCGAUUGGGAACAUUUGUUUACAAAGGAACCGUCUUCGCCGCAGUUGGAUUAGCAGCCGGGCUUGUAGGGACUGCACUCUCGAAUGGUUUGAUCAUGCUAAGGAAGAAAAUGGAUCCUGGAUUCGAAACACCGAAUAAGGCGCCUCCGACAUUGUUGAAUGCCAUGACUUGGGCAAUUCACAUGGGGGUUAGCAGUAACUUGAGAUAUCAAACUUUGAAUGGAGUUGAAUAUGUGUUGGCCAAAGGGCUUCCUCCUCUGGCAUUCAAGAGCUCUGUGGUGGUGUUGAGAUGUUUGAACAACGUUCUUGGGGGGAUGUCGUUUGUCGUCCUUGCACGGCUGACAGGUUCACAAAGCGUCGAGGGGCCAAAGACAGCAGGAGUGGAGUUGGAUUCUGGUGAUGAGAAAGAGAAGCUGUUGGAGGGAGAUAAAGAGGAGGAGCUAAGGAGCAACCAAACAGCUUGCAAGUGAGAAACAAACAAUGGAUGAUUGAGAUUAUUAAAGAGAAAGGGGUUUAUGAAAGAAGCUGGUUGGUAUCGUUAUAGCUUUGUGUUUCUCCAUUGUUAAUAUAUGCUUCAAGCUCUGAGUGAGUGAGGAUAGUUUUAGUUUGCUUGUAUAACAAUAAGAAGCUCAAAGUGUUGUGAGGAUUCUGAAUUGUUAGGUUUCACUACGAGUUUUCAUUGAUGAAUGAGCUGCUUUACUUUUA